UUUCAUGGCAGAGUCUCGGCGUACAGGUGAAAGAUGAUGUAACGACUCACAGAUUGUACAUAAGCUGUGGUGUCAACUUUUCUAAUGGAAGAGGCUCCCAAACCAACACUCCAGGAUGAACUGGAAUGGUGCAUCUCUCAGCUGGAGACCGGCCUUCUGCGUCUCAACCCAACUCCCAAGCAAGCGGAGGAGACCCACCGCAUCCUCGGGGUGCUGCGUUCACGCAAGGCUCCUCUUGUGAAAAAGCGGCAGGUGAUGCACCGCGUCUUUGGGGACUACCGGCUCAAGAUGGCGGAGGAGAGGAAGACAGCCUCACAAACAGGCAUGAGGCCUGAGAAGACGCAAAUACAACCAGGAGAUACUCUCAGUUCAGGCAGCGUGGUGUACAGAAAACAAUCCAGCCACCCCUCUGCAGCAUCGACGUCAUGGUUUGCUCCGUCGCAUAACAGCUUUCAGUUUGACUUCGUUGUUUCUGAGAGAACCUCAGAAGGUAUCAGUGGGACCACAGCAGAAGCACGUGGCGUAGAUGACUCCAGAGAGCGGCCCACUGGUAACGGUCCCUCUGGGACACUGGAUUUUUCCACUGGAACACAGAGCCCCAAAUUUGCUUUCAACUUUGUCAUCCCAGAUGCUUCCCCAUCUCUAUCGGUUGCUGCAGACCCAGGCUCAGAGGCUGAAGUGGAAGCAGCUGCAGAAGUUGCCUCCUUACCCAAAAGAGCCGUAGUGCCGCCAGAGAGAUCAAACUUUCCGAAACCUGAUAGGCCAAAUGUGAUGGACAAUGCAGGUGGAGGAGACGGAGAAUGCCUUACGCAAGAGGUGCCUAAAUCGGAGGCUGCCCAAGUAGCCCUGACGGGAACUAAAGAAACGAAGUUGGCAGCGACAGCUGUUGGGUCAUCCAAGAGGAAAAAGAAAAAGAAACAACCAGUUUUAAAGGUAGUACACAGUGACAGUGUAAGGGGAGACAGCAAGAUCCAUAGCAAAGAUACAUCUGACCAAGCUGAGAAGUGUCAGUCCGAUGAACAGAUGAAGAGGGAGGUGGACUGGUGUGUGGAACAGCUGGAGCUUGGCCUGAAAUCUCAGAAGUCGACUCCCAAGCAGAUGGAUGAGGCGCUCCGGGCCAUCAAGACGUUGCGCAGCGAAAAGGCAGUGCUGGCGAAAAAGCGCCAGCUGAUGCGGGCCAUGUUUGGCGACUACAGAAUGAAGAUGGCCGAGGAAAGGCAGAAGCAACUGAAACUCAUGCAAGCAGCUUCGAAAGCGGCUCACAUCACAGAAGUGGCUGACGGGGCCCACAGGAAGAGCAGCCGGGUUUUCCGCAAGUCCGCGGAAACGGCCAAAAGAGACCAGAGCCCCACAGAUUCCUUUCUUUACCCUCCUGCCACCUCAGCUUGUUCUGGGACAGCCGACGCUUGCUCUUUGGUCUUUGCACCUUCCCAAGAGGAGUUCCGCUUUAAUUUUUUCUAAAGAAGCUUGUUGGAUGCUUUGGGGUUGAUUUUUCAGUGGAUCCUGAACACUUCGUGGAAGUUCCCUUUUAAAAACUAACAGCACCUACCCCAAAAGCUGAGUGUCAGGUACGGCCUGAAAAAACAAAUGGAAACACUUGUACAGUGUAAAAAGCCUGCCCCAAAGCCUGGGGGAGUAGAGAUGGACGUGAUGUAGUGACCGACUGAACAGAUCAAGGAUUUUUUUUCCAACCUUGAGUGAAAUACACAAUAAAUAGGUUUCCAGA